CUGCCCCGCUGCAAUAAAGGCAGAUAGCGGACCAUGGGGAGCAGGGGAAACAGUUUAUAUCCUGACAUGUUAGCGAAAUGACUUUUGAGUAACAUCUUAACUGGGACGAGGCUCCCGGCGUGAGGAGGACAGGGCCCUUUUCCCGAAAUUAAAAAAAGGAGCACUUGCCAUCUGCCGGGGAACGGGAACGAAAGAGCAAGAAAGCCAACAGAGUUUGAGACCGGGUCCAAGAAACAGCGGUGGAAAAUCCAGUAGAGCCAUUUGCAUUGAAAGAUGAGCUUGCUGUCUGCCAUAGACACGAGUGCCUCCGUGUACCAGCCUGCGCAACUUCUCAACUGGGUCUAUCUCUCCUUGCAAGACCCCCACCAGACCAGCGCUUUCGACGCAUUCAGACCCGAAUCCAACUCUUCCCACCCGGAUCUCGGUUUCAGCAAGACUCCCGCAGCGGCGGACUUGAGCUCUUCCCUGAACUCCAACUAUCUCAACAACUUCUUUCAGCUGCAGCGGAAUGAGGCGCUAAACAACAAUGUGUAUAAGAAUGUGUCACCCUAUGGCUCCCUGAACAACAUCGUGGAAGGACUCAACUCCCUGACGGACCAUUUCUCAGACCUUUCCCUUUCUUCUGAGCCAAGAAAACCAAACAAAAGACCCCCUCCCAACUACUUGUGCCACCUGUGCUUCAACAAGGGCCAUUACAUCAAAGACUGCCCUCAGGCCAGACCCAAAGGUGAAGGGCUGACCCCCUACCAGGGAAAGAAGAGAUGCUUCGGAGAGUACAAGUGCCCCAAGUGUAAGAGGAAGUGGAUGAGUGGCAACUCCUGGGCCAACAUGGGACAAGAAUGUAUCAAAUGCCACAUCAACGUCUAUCCACACAAACAGCGCCCUUUAGAGAAGCCGGACGGCCUCGACGUUUCCGACCAGAGUAAGGAGCACCCCCAACACCUGUGCGAGAAAUGUAAAGUCCUGGGCUACUACUGCCGCCGUGUGCAAUAAUCCUCUUUAUUCAGAGUCUGAGAGCAACUUUUGUGUCCCAGGUCCUAUUGCUCAUGCGUCAUCAAGGCUGUUAACUUCCUCCCCUCACUUCCAGGUUUCCCUCAUCUCUGCCCUGCACACAACACGGCAGCCUUUCCUCCUCACGCCUUCCCCCCCUUCUCUUAGAAGACUCAAAUGUAGCCAAUGGCGCUAAUCGCUCCUUUCCCUGCUUCUCAACCAUGCUUUUUUUUUUUUUUUUUUUUUUUUUCCUGCGAUGACAGAAUUUGAUGAUUGCCUCCAGGAAUGAGAGGAACAUGUUAACUUAGGAUCAACACCACCAAGUGCUCUUCAGCGAAACGCAAAAAAAAAAAACUUCUGCCAAAAUCACUGACCUUAUUUUCCUGUGCCUUGUGUAUGAGAAAACCACGUAACCCAAUUGAUCCCAACUCGCCGUUUAACAACCAGAAACCAUGCAUUCAUCAAUCAGCGUGUACUUCCAUGGUGUCACCGACAUGAUUGGUCUCGGUGCAUUACCUCACCUUGGGAUUGGAUGGCUUUGUGUCCUUCCUUUUCCUUGCCUAGUGAAGUGUGUAGUAAUGUGACGUGUCUCUCGUGAUAGUGUAAUGUAAUCGGGGCCUUUGAUGUCUUGCCGUAUUUAGGGUCAGGAGCACAUCUUAUUAACUGUGAAUUAACUGAGGGACAAUGUGCCAUACAUCCCUAGCUUACAUUGGGCCUAUUUAUUUUUCUUGUUAUCUAGUGUGCAAUUUGAAUUCUUAACUUUGACAUACAGAAAUGUUUUUUUUUUUUUUUGUAUGUUUGUAUAUCACAUUAUUGUGUAACUGCGUCCAAGUGACUUUAGAAACUACUGUAGGUUCAGUCGCUCCGUGUCUAGAUUUAGUGUGUUGCUAACACAGGUUUUUGUCACCCUCUCUAGAGUAUUUUUUGUCUGAAUUAUCUAUACAUUCUAUAGUGUUGGAUAUAUAGAGAUGUUGGAUAAGCAAGUUAUUUUAAUUUAAAAUCACAUAAAAGGUUAUCGGACACGAGGCUUUUUCGCCUGUGUUUUAAAGUACUUCAACUUUUUGCUACUCAUAUUUAGAUUCAAUAGAGUAAGGCCUGAACCACAAAUUAGGGAAAUACAAAAGAAGAUGUUGGUUUGAUAACAAAAGAAAGAAAGAAACCUUUGGGAACAAUGUCCAACAGUUGAGUGCAGAGUAAAGAGAGAGCAGACGUUUUGGAGAACUGAAAUCAUUUUCAGGUCGGUGGAGAGAAACCAUGAGAUUCAACGUAGAUGUAGAUGGACGCAUUUGUAAAGCCGUGAUGUUGAAGAUUCAAGGACAUGUUGAAACCGAUGAAGAGUUAAGUUCACACUUAUAUUAUUUUUUUUAGGAAUAUAAGUGCCUACUAUUAUACACCAAUGUCUUUAUAGGAAGAAAAGUUCACAUCCUGUUUACAAAUAUCAUUGUGCAGUCAAAAGCACUACAGCGGAAAUUACUGUAGCUUUGACUCGUAGAAACCUGCCUUUCAACCAACCGUGUUAUAGAAAUUGUAAACUAUUUCAUACGUACUGUACACUUAGCCUUAUAAAAGCUGGUUGAGUAUAUUUUAUGUUGUAAUAUAAGUUAUGUGCCUUUAAAAAAUUGAAACCAUUCUGAAGUGUCAGGACUACACAAGGCCUCUCGAAAUUAGAAAAAGACACGUGUGGAUGAGGAAGUGUACGUGCACGUGGUAACUGUGACGCAUAGUGGGUUUAAUGCAAGUUAAAGAUGUGACAAAGGACGGUAAAAGAAGGCGGUUCAUCCGUUGGUUUGCAGUGGCAUGCUGGGAGUUCGCCCUCGAGUCGGAGGCUGAAACAGCAUUUCCAGCUGGCAAAAACAAUCCUAUUGUGGUUUGUUGUCAUGGAAUAUCCACAAAAAUGUUAUUUCUUUGUCGACGCUGACAACACAGCGGAGCUGCUCGUGAAACCGUGGACCUCACGCUUUGUUUUGUUAAUCAAUUGGAGUUGCGUUCAUCCAAGCAACCGUGGGGUUUUGUUAAAAAAAAACAUUCAUGGCCUCAGUGAGAAAGUAUUUUACAGUUUGAGGAGAUUUAGUCUGUAAAGUCAGAGUCAGGAGGCUCCUCAGAUGCACUACGGAAUAGUUGAAAUCCAGACUUUUAUUCCCUAAUGUUGUUCAAGCUCCUGAACGCUGGAUCCUAACUUUCCCAUAAUGCAACUCAAAAGCCUCUUUCAGAAGACUUCCACUGCCUGGUGAAACAGCAACACCUUACAAACUCCUCCAGUUUGGAACCAGCGGUUCUUGUUUAAAUUGCGUCUUCAAGCCCAAGCGGAGAUGCCUGGGAUGACAUCACGUGGGUAAUUUCCUCAGUAUCGAGUGGCUGCAGUGAGAGAAGAUAGUCCAUGAGGCAUCACUGGUAUCUAAGUCCAUAAACAAGCAACAAUGGUUUUGUGGUUCAUGGAGUUCUGGCAGAACAAGGACGGAUCCUGUUGGCGAGUUUGGUCCAGCGCAGAGACGUGUUAUGAGGAGGACAUUUUAAAACGGCAAAUAAAAGAGCCAACGGAAGCAGUUGUAGGAAGGGAUUUGACAAAAAAAAAAGGAAAUCUCUGCUUUCUGACAUAAUGUCUUGAACGCAUAUACUUGACUUUUCAAAUUUGCUCUUUUUUAUGAAUGAGAUGUGUAUUUUGGAACACUUAAUAGAUGUUGAAAAUUUUACAGCAAUCCGCAAAAACUCAAGAGUUAUUUCCCUGAAGAAGAAAGACUGUUUUAUGUAUAUAUUUGAUGGCCAUCAUUAUCAAUGAUAGGAGCUCUUUCUAAGUGUUAUGCAAUAUUGAAGCUUUUUUGUGUGAAGAAGGGCCUUUUGCUGAGAAGUAAACAAAGCUGGACGGGCUUUUUUCCUUUAUGUUUUACAAUAAUCUGAGGGGUUAUCCUGCAGAGAUAUUUAUGGAAAGAUUUUUUUACAACAUAUUUUGUAUAGAAUAUGCAACAAGGUUACACAAAGAAGGAAAUAUUGAUGUCUACAUAGAGUAUUAAGAGAAAAAAAAAGCUGGUACAUAAUUAAUAGUCUCUCUCAGUUGUAAGCCAUUGUACGUUUGUGUUUUCGUUCAGAUGUUAUCGGUGUUGAAUAAGUCACUAUGUUAUUCUAUGUAACUAAUUAUGAGCUGUCACCUACAUCCAUACAGUCACACGUAUUCAUUUCGUUAACAAUGUCAUGAAGAUAUGUAUUGUGAUAACAUGCAGAAAUAUUUGUGUUUCUUGAUUUAGUGACGGAUACUCACCACUGUACAAGCACAUUAAACUGUGAGAUGUAGUUUGCUUAAAGCAGCAAUAACAAGAAACUAUUAUAAAAAGAUAUUAGUAGUUUAGGGAGUGUAUACUUUGGUCAAGAAAAGUGUGACAAAGAACUAUCUUAGAGUUUGCAUGUGCAUGUGUUUGGUUUGAAUUAAAUAUUAUUUUGUGCAAUGUAUACUUAUUUAAAUAUUUUACAGUAGUUUGCAACAGCGCAUCUUGUUUUUAACAUUAUCAGCAACUUGUGAGUAUAGUGUUUCAUUUAGCAUCAGCAAAUAAUUCAUAUUUACUGAAUGUAUUGUGUUAACAAUUAUGUGGUCAAUUUGAAAAGUUAUGUUUGUAUUCUUGCCUGUCUGUAUCACUUGGGAUGUUUGUGUUGCAAUAAUGUUGUACUUUGAAUUGGACAGAACGCAGGCGUGAGGUGGGUGAAGAAUUAUUUUGGGAAACAAGGACAUCGGGUCAUGGUUUUUCGAGAGUAGACCACAGGUCUGUUUUUCAUGUCCAUGAAAUGGCAUUCCAAAAUGUGCCUUAUUUGUUAGUUGAGAAAACAUGUUAGUGCUUAAGUGCUGUUGGGAGUUAAAUUAAAGUCACAUUGAGUUAAGA